UUGGAGGGAAACCCCGUGCCGAGCGCCACUGACCCCCACGAGAAUCAGCUGUGCGCAGCAGUUAGCCAGCUUUCGCUUAACAACAGCAUCCUCAUCCAUCACUCUCAUCCAGCUCUGAGCAGCCAUGGACACAAGUGAACUAGUGCAGAAGGCCAAGCUUGCAGAGCAAGCCGAGCGCUACGAUGACAUGGCAGCUGCCAUGAAGGCAGUGACGGAGGGCGGUGCCGAGCUUUCAAACGAGGAGCGCAACCUGCUCUCGGUGGCCUACAAGAACGUAGUGGGCGCACGCCGCUCCUCCUGGAGGGUCGUCUCCAGCAUUGAGCAAAAGACCGAAGGCAGCGAGAAGAAGCAGCAGAUGGCAAAGGAGUAUCGUGAGAAGAUCGAGAAGGAGCUGAAGGAGAUCUGCAAUGACGUGCUGGUCCUGCUGGACAAAUAUCUGAUCCCGAAGGCCACCCCAGCCGAAAGUAAAGUCUUCUACCUGAAAAUGAAAGGCGAUUACUACCGCUACUUAGCCGAGGUAGCCGUGGGAGAAGAGAAAAGCUCUAUCAUCACCAACUCGCAAGACGCCUACAGGGACGCGUUUGAGAUCAGCAAGGCCGAGAUGCAGCCCACACACCCCAUCCGUCUGGGCCUGGCACUUAACUUCUCCGUCUUCUACUACGAAAUCCUAAACUCUCCUGAGCAGGCCUGCAAGCUAGCCAAAACGGCUUUUGACGAGGCCAUUGCAGAACUCGAUUCGCUCAACGAAGAAUCUUACAAAGACAGCACGUUGAUCAUGCAGCUGCUGCGAGACAACCUGACACUGUGGACCUCAGACAACCAGGGUGACGCAGAGGAAACCGAGGAAGGAAGAGAAAAUUGAUCCCCCCCCUUUCUCUCCAUCCGUCCUUCCCCUGACAUCUGGCUUUCAUCAUCCCAUCCACACUGAGACCACCACAUCAUCCAGCUUCUGCCUCCUUUAUUUCUUCCUUCCUUUCUUCCUUCCUUUCUUCCUUCCUUCCUUCCUUCCUUUUUCCCCCUCCUUCCUUUCCUUGUCACCAUUAUUAAUCCACCCAGGGAUGUGUCUGUAGGUAGGGGUAAAGAGAGGGAGGUUGAGGGGAGGUUUAGGGGGUUGUUCUGGGGGGGAGGAAGCGGGUAGGGAGUGACACUCGUCUGCUAGUGAGCGCAUUAGUGUGGACGUGUGUAGGCGAGGGCAAGUUCUCACCAACAAGCUCUGUCUUUUACAUUUGUACAUCCUGUAUGUCCAUUUGCUCACUGAGUUGGAGUGUUUGCCGUACUCAUUAUGCACAGCUGCAAUUUUUAUAAGCGUUCUUUAAAAAACAAAAUCGAUAAAAACAGCCCUAAUGUUUAAGCAGAGGAGUGGCAGUCUAGUUAAGAGACAUCUGCUUCACAUGUUAAUAAGCAAGAACAUACUGAUUUAAAAAAAAAAAAACAAAACACAAAAAACAUUCCAUUUAGUGUCACUCUGUCAAGGGUUUUGUUUUGUUUUUCUUUCUGUAUUGCGGGUGACCUUCAUAUUUCACUUUUCUUUACUCUUCUUUUAACAUUACGAGGUAGAAAGGACCCCUAAGAUCAAAGAGCACAUACGCUUGAUACUGAUACCGUAAGACUGCACAAGCAGAGCAUCAAGCAUUCCUACGUGCAUAUACCGUUACUAUUGUCCUGUUAAUUUUUAUUUUAUUAUUAUUAUUUUUUUUUUUCCUUUGAUAAUUUUUGAUACUUGCCUGAACUGCAUGUGGCUAUGAAGUAGUUAAUGGGGGUGGGGGUGUUUAUUGUUGGGCUGGCUAGCAUUUUUGUUUUCAUGUCUUUGCUAUUUACACAUGAAACACCAAGCAUAAAUGUUAUUUGGGGGAGGGGGGAUAUGUAAUUUCAUCUAAGUGUAAUAAACAGUAAUAAUUUAA